AUGUCAGAUUCCAACACAACUGACUUCACCAACUCCUCUAAUUUCAUCCUGCUGGGCAUUCCUGGCCUGGAGACAGCCCAUAUCUGGAUCUCCAUCCCCUUCUGCUCCAUGUAUAUGAUAGCCAUCUUGGGGAACUUCACCAUCUUGUUCAUUAUUAAGAGAGAGCCAAGCCUCCAUGCGUCCAUGUACUAUUUCCUCUGCAUGCUGGCUGUCACCGACCUGGUCCUGUCCACAUCCAUCCUGCCUAAAACACUGAGCAUCUUCUGGUUCAAUUCCAGGGAGAUCGAUUUCGGUGCCUGUCUCACCCAGUUGUACUUCCUUCACUGCUUCUUAGUAACAGAGUCUGGGAUCUUCAUGGCCAUGGCUUUUGAUCGCUAUAUGGCCAUCUGUGAUCCCCUGAGACAUUCAAUCAUCCUGACAAACUCCAUGGUGGCCAAGAUCGGCCUAGCCGGGGUGCUGCGUAGCAGCAUUCUCAUGCUCCCCUAUAUUCUAGUUGCAAGGCAGUGGCCAUAUUGCAGAACCAACAUCAUACCCCACUUUUACUGCCAACACAUGGCCGUGGUGAAGCUGGCCUGUGCCGAAAUCCAUGUCAGUAAUUACUACAGCCUCUCUGUGGUAUUCUGUGUAUUUGGUCUGGAUCCAUUUGUUAUUGCUAUGUCCUAUACCCAGAUCUUAAGGGCCAUCUUCAGCCUGCCCACAAAGGACACUCGGCUCAAAACUUUUGGGACUUGUGGUUCCCACCUCUGUGCCAUCUUAGCCUUCUACAUCUCAUGUCUCUUCUCCGCCCUCACGCACCAGUUUGGUAAGAAUAUGGCCUCUCAUUUCCACGUUCUCAUUGCCAGUAUUUACCUUCUGAUGCCCCCCAUGCUAAACCCCAUUAUCUAUGGGGUGAGGACCAAACAGAUUCGGGACUGGCUGCUGCGGCUGUUUAGUCAUAAAGGGACUAAUAUCUAA